CAAAAGUUGAUUAUGCUCCAAACAGGAAUACACAAAAAAAUUGUCACUCAAUACAUUCUACGAAUUUCGACCAUAAAGCAAACAACUUGGGAGCCUUACAUUGGACGUUUCAACAACGUUAUUUAAUAUCGUGUUUGUUCGUAUUGCAUCAUGAAGACAAUUAUUUUAACGUUUUUAACAUAUUUCUUUACUUCAAGUGUUCGAACUGAUGAAGACGUAACUCGGUAUAUGAAAUUCCCAUCAGGAUUUAAGCUAGGAGUAGCAACAUCUUCAUAUCAAAUCGAAGGUGGUUGGAAUGCUAGUGACAAAGGUGUGAACGUAUGGGACCGAUAUGUCCAUGAAAAGCCACCGUAUAUACGAGAUGGAAGUAACGCAGACGUAACUAGCGACUCUUAUCACAAAUAUAAAGAAGAUAUUAGAAUUUUGAACGAUCUCGGAGUCGACUGUUACCGCAUUUCUCUCAGUUGGUCCCGCAUUCUACCAACCGGCUUUGCAAAUAAAAUCAGCCGGGACGGGAUUCAAUACUAUAAAAAUCUGUUGGACGACCUUCAGGUUGAAGGCAUCGAACCUUUUGUGACGAUCUAUCACUGGGAUCAUCCAGCAAUACUUGCCGACAUGGGCGGAUGGACGAAUGAAAUGAUGAUCACAUGGUUUGCAGAUUAUGCACGAGUAGUUUUCAAUGAACUGGGUGACCGCAUAAAAAUGUUUGUAACGAUAAAUGAGCCCAUGAACAGCUGCGUUUUUUCUUACAACGAGCCCAAAAUUGCUCCAGGUCCGAUAAUCCCAGGAAUCGCGACGUAUUUAUGUUUACACAAUAUGCUGAAAGCACAUGCGAAAGUUUAUCACAUGUACGAUAAGGAAUAUCGAAGCCGACAAAAAGGAAAAAUCGGUAUCACCUUUGGUUGCAUGAAUUAUUUCCCGAAACACGUUGAAGACACAGUGACACCAGAAGUCAGUUACUCAUUUAACUGCGGUUGGGCAGUUGAUCCGAUAUUCUCAAAAAAUGGUGAUUAUCCGGAAGUGAUGAAAGAACGGAUCGGCGAGAACAGCAAAUUGGAGGGGUAUCCAAGAUCGAGACUUCCGGUAUUCACUCAGGACGAGAUCGAUUAUAUCCGAGGCAGUGCCGAUUACAUGGGUCUCAACCAUUAUACUUCUCGCCUUACUGAGCCAGCACCAAAGUCGAAUACGUCUCUAUGGUACAAUGACCAUGGAGUUAUUGAAAGUUUUGACGCAAGUUGGCCUCGGUCCGUCUCCGCAUGGCUCAGAGUCGUCCCUAAAGGAUUCGGGUAUUUGCUUAGAAAAUUGAAAAACCGUUACAACAAUCCACUGAUUUACGUACUUGAAAAUGGAAUCUCUGAUAAAGGAACCAGUCUCAAUGAUACCCAUAGAAUCCAAUACCUUCACGAUUAUAUUCAAGAAAUGCUUCUGGCCAUUAAUCGAGAUAACUGCACCGUCAAAGGCUACUUUGUUUGGAGCUUUCUCGAUAGCUUCGAAUGGGCCGCUGGAUACAGCGAACGUUACGGCAUUGUAAGCAUCAACUUUCAACAUGCCGCUAGACCUAGAACACCCAAAAUGUCGUACGGUUGGUUCAAACGUUUGAUUCAGAAGCGCGAACUGCCCGAAAUUGAGCACACUGAAGAUCGACAGAACCCGGACGAUCGCAGGAUAAGUUUCUUACAUCAUCUUUACGACUUUUUCAUUUACCAUUUUUCUAUGCAUUUUUAGCAUUAAUCAAUAUCCUCUAUUUGCAUUCUGAACUUGU